CGGAAAAUAUUUUGCCGCCGCUGCUAGAAAAAUUGGCUGCUAGCAAUUUCUUAGCCAACAAUAUUCAAUUUGAGAGCAAAAUGGCUUUUUCUUAUUUCAAAAGUAUUGAGGGAUUAAGCACUUUCUUUGUUAUGAUCGUAGUUACAGGCCUAGUUGUUAAUUACAUAUUCAUUCAAGGACAAAGUCUUAAAGAAGCUCUCAAAUCUUACCGAGCUGACAAAGAAAGAGAAGCGAGAAAUAAUCAAUUAUUGAAGGAUAUGACUAAGCCGAUCUUUCCUGACGAGAACUUUCCUUCUUUUGGAGAUAUAGGUGGUUAUGAGGAUGCUAAAAUAGCUUUGCAAACAGUCGCCGAAGAAUUGAAAAAGGGGAGCAAGAUUG